CCGCCCCCCCCUCCCGACAGGAAGGCCGCGGCGGGCCAUGACCGACUUCAAGCUGGGCAUCGUGCGGCUCGGCCGGGUGGCGGGCAAGACGAAGUACACACUGAUAGAUGAGCAAGACAUUCCACUUGUGGAGAGUUACUCUUUUGAGGCUCGGAUGGAGGUUGACGCUGAUGGAAAUGGUGCUAGAAUAUUUGCUUUUGCAUUUGACAAAAACCGAGGAAGGGGGUUUGGACGCCUGCUGCACGAGUUACUGUGGGAGAGGCAUCGGGGAGGCAUUGCGCCAGGGUUCCAGGUGGUGCAUCUGAACGCAGUGACAGUGGACAACCGACUGGACAACCUGCGAUUGGUUCCAUGGGGCUGGAGACCCAAAGCUGAAGAGAUCUCUAGUAAACAAAGGGAACAAAGCUUAUACUGGCUGGCGAUCCAGCAGCUUCCCACUGACCCCAUAGAGGAGCAGUUUCCCGUGCUGAAUGUAACGCGCUACUAUAACGCUAACGGGGACGUGGUGGAAGAAGAAGAGAGCUCCUGCACGUACUACGAAUGCCACUACCCUCCCUGCACGAUGAUUGAGAAACAGUUACGCGAAUUUAACAUCUGUGGGCGGUGCCAGGUCGCGCGGUACUGCGGCUCGCAGUGCCAGCAGAAAGACUGGCCGGCUCACAAGAAACACUGUCGGGAGAAGAAGCGAGUCUUCCAUCAAGAGCUUGGACCAGAGCGAUGACCGGCUGGCCAAGGCCUUAGCCGCCCGGGCGCCUUCCCAGAGGGCGAGGGGAGGCGCCCGCUUUGCACAGACUGCUCACUUGAAGCCAGAGGCACUGACAACGAGGGAAAACAAAAAGACAUACCAACCCCUGUGAUGCUUGAGGAAGGGGACUGGCUCUCCCCUUCCAGUGUUAGUCUCAAGCAAGCAAAAAAAAAAGACUACUGUGGGAGCUCUCCUGGCUGGAAGCUUCCUGUUAUUUAUAUGUUAAUAUGUUUGUAAAGUUGUGUACAGUUUUUUUUUUUUGUUAGCAGUUCUCUUAUAUAGGACUCAUUUACUGUAAUGUUCAGGUGAGAACACAUUGUUGGUUGAAAUAACUGUCCUGUAGCGAAAGCUUUUCUUCCCCUCCCCGUGGCUGGGAGAAGGCCUGGGGAGGGAGCUCAGACAUCAGCAGGUAAUCUGAACAACUCUGCAUGGAAGUUGUGUUUUCAAGUAAAGGAUUGGAAUGGA